GACCUUGAAGGAACAAGACGCACCACAUACAACGACCCAYACGACUAUAUUGCAGAUGAUAAUGGAGAGGAAGAAGAUAGAAAUAGGGAAGGAUUGCUAAAUAUUGGACAAGGAACAAACUCAAAAAAUGAUGAAACAACUGAAUGGUUUCCUGUAGAAAUGGAUGGAAGUAGAAGUACAGCUAAAUCUAUGGAUGAUCAGCUCUUUCUCUCUCCAAAAGAAAGAAAGUUUGUGAUGAAAAUGGAAGAUGAAGUGGAUAAAAUAAGACAUCUUCAUGAGGGCAAAACAAAGCAGCUAGAGUCACUACUGUAUGCUGCAAGGGAUGACAUAGAAGAGUAUGUGAGACAUAUUGCAAGGCUGGAGGACAAAUUAAGAGCCAGAGAAGCCCAUCACAUUGCUGAACAUCCUGGUCAACCAGUCUUGUGUGUUAAGUGUGGUCAUCAAGAAGCUGUGCUAUCAUCCACCCAUGGAGAUGCAUUGAACAAGACCCUAGAAAAGCUGAAGAGGGAGAGGGACGAUUUGAUGGAAACCCUCACAAGCCAGAACUCUGCCAUGGCAAAGGCUCGACAGAGAGAACUCGAUGCCUACACACAAGUGAAAAAGAGUUGUGAGAUGGCUGAACAAGCUCAGUUACAGAAAGCCGAAGCAAUCAUUCAAGUCCAACAGCUCAGGCAAGAACUACAACAGCAAAAGGAUCGAUACGACAAGUAUGUAACCAGUGCAAAGGAACAUGCUGCGAAGGAUCAAGAGACAACUAAGUCUGAUUACCUGAAACAGAUGGAUGCACUCAAUAGCAAGGUUAAACAGGCAAAUGAGGAACGUGCAGCAAUGGAAAACCAACUAGAAAGAGCCACUAGAGAAAAAGUUGCACUAUUAUCAGAGUUAGAACAAGCUAAGGCUCAGAUCCUGGCCAAUGCUGCUGAUGUAUCCAAGGUUGGUCAGGAUAAGAUAAACGAGCUCACAGAAACUCAGGUGAAGCUUUCGUUAGCAACACAAGAAAUCUCAUCACUCAAAUCUGCAUUGCAGACGUCUAACAGACAACGUGAACAGGAGAAAACACGCUUUACAACAGAGAUGGGAGAAUUGCGUCGUCGCCUGGAGGAAGCUGAAAGAGGUUGGAUGGAUAACAAGGAAGAAUGUCGUAGACUGACAGAAAAACUAGACAAUGCUGAAAGAGAUGUUAAAAUGGUCACUGCAGCGCGGAUAAAAACAGAAGAAGCAAGGACUAACGAUGUCACGAGCAUCCGACAACAAGCACACAAGAGAGAACAACACAUGUCUGCCCUGCUGCAAGAAGCAGAGAAGAGACACGCACAAGUACGUGUUGAGCUCGAACACAUGUUGGAAUCUCAGCUCCAAAUAUCAGAUGACUUGAAAGAAGAAUGUAAAAAACUUACCCAGCAGCUGCAAGACAUUUCAGUCAAGUCAAGGGCUGAGAUGAAAGAAAUUAUGAAAGAAAAUGAAAGAAAGAAGGCUGAAAUAGCGAACCUGACGAGCAAAUCUAAAGAACUCGAGAAUAGAGUCCAACACAAAGAUAAACAAUUGAAUAAGAUGACCAGUAAAAUAUCAACGCUUGAGAACUAUAUCAAGAAGUACACACAGCAGAUCUACGAAUUGCUUGUAAAACAGAAUACACUAAUGAAAGACAGACAGAAUAUGACCAGAGAGGUUGAUUACUGGAGACAACAAUUACUCGCGUCACGAAAACUAGAUGACGUGACACCUACUGACACAGAAAGUAACGCAAGUGUGGCGGAUAACAUAGAUUCGUAGCUCUGAUUGGUUGGUAUUUGAAUGUUGUUUUUAUGAGUCUGAUUUUUAAACAGGAGUCGAAAAAUCUUUUAUAUGAUUUUCUCAUGAUGAACUUACAAGGAAAAUAGUUCAAUAGCGAUCUAUCACGACCCUCAAAUAUUUUUAUAUAUUUCUAAUACAUUUUAUUAGUUGUUUUUAAUGUUUUAACACAUGCUUUUUACCGGCAUGUUUUAAGGUAUUAAAACUAGGUAAAAUUUCUAUGAGAUUCAUUUAUAUUACUCAAUACACCCAAAUGAGUAAUUGAUAAUAUAGUUGAACAUAUUUUAAUUGAUCCUGAAUUAAGCAUGUUUUUUUUAAAAAAAGGCAUGCAUUUGAAAUGGAUCCGGCCAAGAUAUGUCGUAUUUUAUGUCUUUUACCAGAGAUCUUAGUUUCAAAUAAAAGACAAAAAAAUGUGACCACACCUAUCUAUACCCAUGCCAGAAUCUAGGCACGAAGCAAAGUCGAAUCUUAUUCUGCGCCGCACUGUGAGACUGGUAGCGUGGKUAUCCUGUUUCUGAGCACAGAACCAUUUUACGCACUAGUUCUGAAGCAUGCAGCAAAUGUAAACACGCCGUAAUUCYAAUGAAAAUAUAAAUUUGUAUAUCUUGAAAAUACAAACGCGCAUAUUUCUUGUAGCGUCGUUGUCACACUAUCUUUAAAGUGUUUUACAGAUUAUACCUACAGCACUUGAACUCAUACCUAACCAUCCCUUGUGGAUAAUCACUUCUGCGCUUAAGAACAAACGUUUGAAUAAACUCAUUCGAUCUA